AUGGUGUGGAACAGCUGGAUGGGUGCCCCGAUCGCCGGGGAGCUUUUUACCGGAGUGGUCGCUGCCGAGCAGCAGAUGGAGGGCGGCGCCACUAGGUGCACUUUGGUCGGCUUGGGUUUGCCGAUCUUGGUGGACCUCCCCCUUGUGGAGGGCUCUCGCUACACGCUCUACUUUUUCCUGGCGCAGGAGAACACACCCCUGCGGCUGAUGGCCACAGCAACUUCGGAUUGCAUUCUGGCCCAACCCCUAUGUUUUGAGCACUACUCCCGGGUCAAGGAGUUGUGCGCUGGUAUCGGCGGCAUUGGAGCUGGAUGUGUCGCGGCUGGCGCCAAGGUGGUCGCAGCCCUCGAUCGCAACAGUUUUGCUUGCACACACCUGGAGCAGAACCUCAAUUGUCCGGUCGUGUUGGGCGACUCCACCAACGAUGUUGACCUUCUCCGACUUCAUCGUGCAGGAGGCACUGAGCCUGCGGCGGCAGCCCCGCUACAGAGCCUCUGGGUCUACGCCCAUUUGCGACGAAGCGCUGACGUGCAUCAUGAUGAGUUCACCAUCAUCGAACCUCUGCAGCUCCUCCACGACUACAAGAGCCACUUACUGGACACCAUGCACGACUUCUGGCAGAUUCCCAACUCCCUGGUACCUCAUCCCGUCCUUCUUAGUGAAGCUGAUGACCAGCCCUACCACAUCACUUGCCAAGCAUCAACCUCGGUUGAAGACCUACUACAGGCGGAGGACUUCAGGCGGUCAUGGGGGCACACUCUGCAGCUCUUCGAUGGCGGUCGCCCUGUCCCACGGCAUGCUUUGCUGCAAGCACAGGGCAGGUCAGGCCCUUAUGAACUCCGCUCAGUGCCAAAGCGACAAGCCUCGGACCAACCGCAAGGCAUGAUCUUCAUCACGCUCCACAUGAAUCCGUUGCCCAUCACGCUCGGCAUUGCCUCCGGCUCCUUCUUGUUCCAGGCUCUGCUGGAGGAGGGCCUGGAUACGUGCACCCCGAUCUACGACGCAGGAGGCCAUCCUGUUGAUCCUAGCAUUCGUCUCUGGCGUUGCACCACACUGUGGACCUCCUCUACACGGGGUGCCGGCCCUGUUCAGUCAGCUCGGGCCGGACUGACGGGUUCGUUCCUUCAAUACAUCGCGGCCGGCAUUCUGAUGAACUCCGACCAUGCCCGACGCUUUGGACUCCCGUUCCUUCACUUGCUCAUCGAGGACCAGCCCUCGCUGCCUCUUGCUGCUCUACAACGUCAAUUGGAUAUUGGCGGCUUCGACAUCAUCCUUCUCUGCCAAGGUCACUGGAUUCUCCUGUCCUUGCGUAAGGUCAACAGUGGGAUUUGCUGCAUAGGCUAUGACGGCCUCAUCACCUCCACAUGCACCGAGGAGGUUGGGCAGUUUGUGACCGGCCUCGCUGAUUCUUUGCACAAGCAGCUCCUUGCCAUCCGCUGGAUCACGGUCUUCCAGCAAUGUGCCCCGGAUCUCUGUGGCACGAUCUUGCUGGCGCACCUGGUAUGGAUGUCGGGUAUUGACCACGCCCUUCGGCAUUGCGACCUCAAGCAGCUACACAGCCACUUCGUGCUUCUGGAACGGCACCUACAGGCUCUUCAUGUGCUACCAUUUGAGGAGCACCAAGGUACCGGACCGCAACCCGCACCGAAUGAGGCUCAUCUUUUGGCAGCCCUUCGAGAGCUCCUGAUCACCAAAGGUGUCCCGGAAUCGCGAGCUGAAGAACGAGCGCUUCUGGGCCUAAAGAAAUUGGGUCACUCGGAGCUGCAAUCAGCACUCCAGGCGGCACAACCGUGGGCGUGUCUCAAGAGCAUCGCAUCGCGACCCCACUUCUCCUUCAAGUGGAUCAAAGCCGACGAGCUGAACGCCAAGAUCAGAGCCCGGGCGUCGGAUCAGUUCCACGUGCAGCAAUCCGAGAACAAGCGCAGGCCCCGGGAGCGCAAACAGCCCGCAGCGACUCUGCACAUCAAUCCUCAGCAGCUGAGCCUUAUUCAGAGCUCCUUCGUCGACAACGACGGCAAGGAAGUCCCACAGAUCGCCUUCCAGGACAUUGGUCAAGGCAAAGCCGGGCUCGCUUUUGGAGGGCUCAACGAGCUGGCUCCAUACUUGCGGGAAGGAGUCACAAUCUCCACAGAAGCGCUGGGGGUUCUCACCACUGUGCCCAUUCCCAACGAGAUGAUCGGCUCCCUCAAUGUCACCAACUGCCGAUUUCCAGCGCACUACCAGGCCACUUCGGAGCCGGUGCUCAUCCAGGGCAGUUUGGUACAGCUUGGUGCCAAGACCAUCACCCGGAAACACGAGGACAUCAACGAUCUCGAUGUGGUGACUACGCAAACUCUCCGGAUCACCAUCUACAAGGACGAGUGGACCGGUUCCUGGAACCACUUCCAAGAGCGGCCCAUCAGAGGCCUGGUCGAGGUGCUGCCUAUUUUUCAGCUGUGCCGAACAGACGGCUGCGGUGCCACUUGCCCGAAGUUCCACUCGCCGGUCGAUCAGACCUUGGAGUCGCUUCUACUUGACAUUUGGAGCAGAAGCUGGAUGUCGACCACCGGGAAGUUCUGUCAGCCCAAGGACGCCGUGGCUUUCUCGGCCAUGAUCAGAACCCCCAGAUGCGCCCUGAGCUCCAUCCAGUCCAGCUCUGGCUCACACGGAGUCUACAUUGAGCCCAGAUCCCCUUGUGGCAAGCUGUCGGAUGAUUCCUUCGGGGUGGUUUGGAUUCCUGGGGCCGACCUUCCAAACGUCAAGCAUAGGCUCAGCGUGAUGGACAAGGCCCUCUGCGUAUGCCGUCUUCACAACAAGUACGGGCUGCGGUUCAACCACACAGACCUGCAAGCCGCACACAGCACCUUGCGGCCUUUCGACACCUUCGUGAACUCCCGGAUCCAAACAGUGUAUCGGCUAUUCCCCCUGCCCUUCGGCACGCAGCGAGGAGCGCUACAGCACUGUAUUACCAAAUGGGGCUGGAACGCGAAAGUGUUGCAAGCAGCCGGUGGGGGGCCUGAAGGCAGCGCUUGGGAAGUUGGCGCACAAGACCCACCACCAUCCUCGAUCAUGCAGGGCACGUUCGGCGAUGUCGCCAUCACCCUGAUCAAGACGGUUAGCAAGCAAGCUACUCCAGCUCCAGUUUUGGCCUCCUCCUCCACACGACGGCACAUGCAAACAGGCGCUCCUUCGACAGCUACCACCACGGCUCCAUCUGCCGCUGUCGAUCCCUGGCUGGCCAAGGACCCUUGGGGAGGUUCUACGGCGGCCUCAUCUGGCCCGGACCGACUCCACCAGUUUGAGGCUCGCCUCAAGGAGGACAUUGCCACGCAGGUCCGAGCUCAGCUUCAGGACACCCACAUGGAGGUUGAGGAUGCCGAGCCAACUGGCCUGGACAACCGGAUGAACCAGCUGGAGGUCUCCAUCCAGGAGCUACAGCAACAUCACCGCCGCUUUGAACAAUACUUCAGCGAGGUGCAGUCCACCACAUCCAAUCAGUCCGCCAAAAUCGAGCAUAUCCACAACCAACUCGAGCAACAAGGCCGGGAGGUCGAGUUCCUUCGCACCGAUCUCCGGCACCAGGUCGCCACGCUCCAGCUCUCCUGGAGAAGCGCAGCAGGGCGGCUUGACACGCCGCGGGCGUCCUCCUCUACUCCAAGGGGGGAGGCGCCUUACAUCACUACGCUUGGAUACAUCUCUUUGCACUUCUCCUCGUUGCACGGCAGCGACACACCGACUACCACCUCGUUCGGCUCAUCCGUGCCCCGGUCUGGCCUUGCCCGGCUCUUCUAUGUCAGCACGGCGCUUCGCGACCGUGGAUGUGGGUCGGGCCACCCCGGGUGUCAUGGAUAUGCCAACGGGCUUCCUUUUUCUCAUGCCUCGAUCCUGCUCGACGGCGACACCAACUGGCAGCUCUCCGUUUCGGCUAAGUUCCCGCCCAUCGGGGAGGCCAGCAACCCGGGUCCUCCGUUUGCCAUCACGGUAGCCAACCCUACCGGGCUUCGCUCCAAAGAGAACGUGGCGUUCCAGCUCCCCAGGGGCAUAGUUUGCCUAGCUGAGACCCACUUGGCCCCCCCAGGCAUGUCGGCCUGCUGCGGCGCCCUACGACGCGCGGCAACUGCCGAUCACCGCCGCCUCUGGAUUCUUCCAGGUGCCCCGGUACCGCUCCGCGCCAGGAGCCUGACCACCGGCGUCUGGGCCGGAGUACUACAAUUCAGCGACAUCCCAGCUCACAGGCUGCAGCUACAUCUUCCGGCCGCAGAGUACACGCUCGGACGCACACAGACGUCCGUCUUCAACCUGGGCUCGACACAGAUCUUGGGCACGGUCGUCUACGGCUGGUCGCCCGGACCCACUUGGCCUCAGGCCAAAACGGCCACAAGGAACCUUCUCCAGCAGCUCUCGGUUGAGAUCAUCUACGGCCGGACAGGCCCGCGGUUCGUGGCAGGAGACUUCAACGGCGAGGACUUUCCUGAAUUCGAGGAGUGGAUCAGCCUUGGCUGGACCGAGGUCCAAUCUCUUCACGCCCAACUCCACCACGAAGGGCCCUUCCCUACUUGCAAAGGGAGCACGCGACCAGACCAGAUUUUCAUCAGCCCGGAACUACGACAAUACUUCAUCAAGGCGGAUGUCUUGGACGUCUUCUCCGACCACUCCGCUGUCACGGGCUGGUUUGACAUCCCUAUGGAUCUUCCACCACAGCAUUUCUGGCCGAUGCCGGCCAAGAUUCCAUGGCCCUCUGUAGACGUUCCCGCUUGGCAACAAUCACCUCAUGCUCCACCAGCACACAACCAGUUCACCGGGACCGGCACCAGCUACUACCACGAAUUUGGACGCUGCUACGAGGAUAGCUUUGAUGGUUUCACCAUCGCGCCGCUCCGGCCUGGGCUUCUGCCUGCCCAUCGAGGACGCUGCCAACACCUUCAUCCGCAGGAUCGCCCUUUUCAGCCACCCCUGCUCAAACCGAGCAGACACGGAGAAGCCCUCCCGGCUUCUGAUUUUCUGGGACGGAUCAACCACCGGUGGUUUACGCAGCUCCGGAGGCUCCAAUCGCUUUUGCACAACCUACGCAGGGGCAGCAACGAUCCCACGGCCAUCGAGUAUCGCCUUCUCACCUGGGAAGCCAUCAAGAAGGCCAAGGGGUUCCAGAAUGGCUUUUGCUCGUGGUGGGCUACUCGCCCCAUUCCCACGGCAGCGGCUUGCUGUGUAUUUCCGGUCACGUUGCCCACCGUCACCACCAUGGAGGCAAUCUACACUGACUUCCACGCCAACUACAAGGCCUUGGAAUCCUGGAACGUCAGGCAACGAUGUGCUAUUCUACGCGCACGUCGGGCGGAGCACCUGAAGGAGGCUUUUCACGACAUCACCCAUCGGGAAAAAGCCCCGCUCACGCACCUGACCAUCAGCGAAGAGACCAACAUCAUCUAUGUUGAUCCGACAACCUGGACUGUCACUACGGACAAGGACAUCCUGGAAGACGGAUCCUCUACCUGGCUCCUCGAGGACACCAAGGCGGACUUCAAGCGCUUCAUGGCCAAACAGCCACACCUCUUGGAGUUAUGGUUCAGUUUCGUCCAGCACUACGACGGCACGCUCUUUUCUGGACCUUUCAGUAAGCUGCUCAUCACCUGGGCCUUCCGAUCGACCUGCUCCAAGAACCCUGGCCGGCCCUCCGGGUUCGGCUUUGUGAUGCCUGGCGACAACGCCUCUCUCGCGAAGUCGGACAUCGCAAGGAUCAAUUCACUCAGGGAGGGCGCCUUCCUCACCGGCGAGCAUCAGGGGCGUUUUGACAUGAUCAAAGACUUGCAGCUGUGCACCGCAAACACCCUUGGGCCGUGGAGCGCUGGCACGAUCACCCCCGCGCGCUCGUUGAGCACCUUCUACCCUCUGCUCUACCCCAGGAACGACCACUUCGACAUCAGCUAUACCAUCAGCAGGCCGGCCUUGGCAUGUGCCGCAUGGGCGGUGGUCUCCUUCAGUCACGAGGCCACUUUAGCAGCCAGCCCCUUGGCCGGACUCCAGCAGGACAUUGACCGGGCAGAACUUCAUGCAGUUCUUUGCGCAGUCAGUUGGUUGGUGCGGCACCGUUGCCACGGAACAGUUUGGUCCGACAGCGCUUAUGCUACAUGCGGGCUUGCAGCAUUGCUCUCGGACCGGGCCGCGGACACCCCGGCCACAAAUUCGGACUUGUGGGAGAACCUCAGAUUUCAGCUUGACGCCGCUCCUGAUGGUCUCCUACAGGUACAACACGUUCCUGGACAUAUGCAGGUUAAUUCGGACUCGCCUUGCUUGGAUGAAUGGUUGGCCACCUGGAAUGGCCACGCAGACACCGCGGCCAAACAGGCGCACGGUCUGCGACCACCUGCUUUUUGGAACCUCUGGUGUGAAUACAAGGCAGCCUUCGAGGACUCUUGUAUUGCGGUUGAUCGUUUUCGUUGCCUCCACCUGGAUGUUGCCGCUGCACUUCAGGACAACACCUAUGUGGAAGUGGAGGCACCUGCCGAGGAAGCCCUGCGUGCCCCUUUGCGACCUUGCACAGUGGGUGGAGACUGGGCCGAAGAAUUGCCGAUCAACUGGCAAAACAUGUGGUCCAUUUCGGAGCAUGCAACCCGCUUCGGGCGGACCUUCGCCAUCAAUUUGGUUAGCUGGCUUCAGCAACAGCACAGCCGGGACCCUAUCUCAGUACAGCUCAGCUGGCUCGAACUUGCCAUGGCGGUUUUUUUGUUUUGUGGUGCACACCCUUCUCCUACUGCCACCCACACUGGUGAGCAGUGGCUUGAUGCGCAGAUGGCACCACCCACGGCAGGGCAGAUCACUGUUGCAGGACGAGUGCGGUACAUCCGUGGUCUCGUCAAAGCCUUGGCUUCCUUUUUUGCAUGCGAUUGCAUCUUUGUGGGCGGCCUGGACCGAUCUUUUCUUCGGGUUCACCCGCCUUUGCAGGGACUCGUGCUCACCAUGAGCCGAGACUCACUGACGGCCAUUGAUGAGGCCUUUGGGCGCUUCACCUGUAAGCGACCCAUCCGCAAAGGCAACGACCUUUGCCGUCCUUUUUGA